UGCCAAGAACAAGAGCUUCUACAAUGUCAUCUUCUCGUCUUCUUCUUCUUCUUCAAGGUAUGGCUUCUCUCAAUUAUUCCUCACUUCCUACUUCUCUCAGAUCGGCCUCUUUUCAUACCUCCAAAUCUUCAAUAAAAUCCCGCAAUUUUGAAUUCAACGGCAUCGAUGAUGCCGUUGACUGCUUUAAUUGGAUGGUUCACAUGCACCCUCCACUUUCUACACUCGAAUUUAAUCGAUUGUUUGGUUCAAUCGUCAAAAUGAAUCACUAUUCAGCUGUGAUUUCACUUGCUAAAUCUAUGGAGCUGUUUGGUAUCAAGCACAAUAUCUAUACUUUUGGUAUAUUGAUGAACUGCCUUUGUUGUUUGAGGCGUGUGGAUUUUGGAUUUUCUCUUCUGGGAAAAAUCCUGAAACUUGGUCUCCAACCUAAUAUUGUAACAUUAACCAUCCUCAUCAAGGGAUUAUGCGCUGAGGGUAAAGUUGCACACGCCAUGAGAUUUUUUGAUGAGAUGGUGGAUAAUGGUUAUCGACCCAAUGUAGUUACUUACACCACAAUGAUAAACUCUUUCUGUAAAAUAGGAUACACUCACGUUGCAGUACAGUUGCUCAACAAAAUGGAAAAUAGAGGUUGUAAACCAAAUGUGGUGGCAUAUAGUACGGUCAUAGACGGCCUAUGCAAGGACAUGCAAUUUGACAAAGCUUUUGAUUUGUAUUUGAAAAUGAUCGAUCAAGGUGUUACACCAGAUGUGGUCACUUAUAGCUCCUUAAUUCAAGGUGCAUGCAAUUCAGGCCAAUGGAAUGAGGCUACAAGAUUAUGGAAUGAAAUGAUUGCAAGCAAGAUCACACCAAACGUCAUCACUUUCAGUAUUAUCGUUGAUAUGUUCUGUAAAGAAGGAAAGAUUUUAGAGGCUGAAUGUGUAGUUGAGAAGAUGAUUGAGAGUGUUGUGGACCCCGAUAUGGUCACAUAUAAUGCAUUGAUGGACGGAUAUUGUCUAGUAGGCCAAAUUGAUAAGGCACUGGAAUUGUUUGAUUCGAUUGCUAAAAAGGGUUUUCGAUUUAAUGUUAUCAGUUAUAAUACAUUAAUUAAUGGAUGUUGUAAGAUUAAGCAUAUAGAGAAAGCGAUGGAACUUUUUAGUGAUAUGAAUUCCAAAGGGUUGUGUGCUAACACUAUUACAUACAAUACCCUUAUAAGCGGAUUGUGCAAGGUACGGAAAGUUCAAGCAGCAAAAAAUCUUCUGAAGGAAAUGUGUGCACGCGGUCAUACUCCAAACUUGAUAACGUACUCGACUCUAUUGGAUGGUUUAUGCAAGCAAGGGUGUCUUGAUGAGGCAUUGGCUUUGUUUAAAGCAAUGCAAGAAAGCGGGUUGGAACUUAAUAUUAUAACUUAUAGCAUCAUCAUUAAUGGCUUAACUAAGGGUGGGAAGCUUAAUAUUGCAAGGGACUUGUUUUCCAGCUUGUCUGUCAAGGGCCUAAAGCCUAAUAUAAAGACGUAUAAUAUCUUGAUCGAUGGCCUCUGUAAAGAAGGGCACUUAAGUGAAGCAUAUGAGCUUGUUAGGAAAAUAGAAGGUACCGAUUGCUCUCCAGAUGAGGGUACUUACAACAUACUCAUUCGAGGAUUAUUACGAAACGACAACGCUUCUUCGGCGAUGCAGCUUCUUCGGGAAAUGGUUGAUAAGGGGUUCUCUGGAGAUGCAUCUACUGCGGAGAUGGUAGUGGAUUUGUUAUCUAACGAUGCAUAUGAUAAAUCCGUUUCCAACGAACUUCAUAUGCUACUGUUAACUUGAUCUUUGAUUCAUGGAUGAGACAUGUUGUUCUCAAGUGAGUGGUCAGAUUUAGUCUGCUGUGUAGCAUUUUUUCAGAGUAUGCUCCAUAUCAUUAUAAAAAAUUUGAAAAAACGAGGCUUGACCCUACUCAAGAGGUUGUUAAAGCUCAAGCCAUGUGGGUUCUGCAGCAAAAGCGAAUGUAGGUCUUGCUGCUGAGGGAAUAAAAGAUGCUCAACAAACUGUAUAUCACCAAAGAAAGAAGCUUUAAAGUGUUCUGUGUUGUUCAUUUUGGGAUGAUGAUUUUGAAGUUGGUCUUAACUUUAUCCUAGCUACUGGAUGGGGGUCAUACAUAAUUAUUUAUUAGUCAUAGAUUAAUAUUAUUGUUUAUAGUAAAUGCGUAGGAACUCACUGUUCUUGUUUUUCAUCGCGUUAUGGAUUUAUUCUAUCCUUCUCGCUUAACUGAUCCUCAGUUACAUCAUAGUUAUAUCUUUCUAAGGCAGGUGAGAAUGUUUCAAAUGCAUGGUUUGAGUCCUUUUGUGAAUUUGUGGUUUUGGCAUCCAUAUUUGUAAAGUGAAACUUACUGUGAGAAUGUAACUGUGUAAGUUACUCUUUUAAAACAGUGCAAGACCCUUUUUUGAAUUGCAAUGAGUUAGUCUCAGGUUUGAAUCUACAUUUGCUUCCCUAUCAGCUUUCUUCUCGAUCAAAUAUUCGCUCUAUGAUUCAUGAAUGUGUUUUAUUGUACUGUUCGUAUAUGCACCUCAGAAAUAUUUGUUUUUCUUCGUAGCGACCUAAAGUCCGUGGCUCAAUACUUUUCAAGUGGGUGGAGCUUUUAUCUGUACUGAUUGGAACCUGCUGCCUACAUCAUUAGAGAUUUCAGCUUUGAAAAUCCGCGAACAAGGAGUUGAAAGGAAUCAUGAAAACUGUGAAGAUCCAAGACAUAGCCUCCUAGCAAACACAAUUGAAGAUACCUUUAGCCUCCUACCAAACACACAAUUCAGUUGUGUAAGGGGACUGGGUGGCUUACCCUUCUUUGAUUGAGUCUCAGCCAUACCUGGUGAUACAAAACAUUAUGGGAAUGGUUAAAAUUAUGGGAAUGAUUAAAGUAAAUUGUUUAUUUUCUGUUUUCAAUCAACGUGAACAUGUGAUUAAUACAACUCACCUUCACGAAUGAAGAGAUUUAUCAGGAGCUUUUCUAUUGUCUCUGCAAGCAGAAGAAGAUGUUGCUGGGUUGCCGUGGAGGUAUUUUUGAAAUUUUGGUACUUAGUAG